AUGGCGCCAUCUAUCGGCGUGGCUGAGUUUUACAAGCACAAAACAAUAUUUCUGACAGGAGGGACAGGGUUUAUGGGGAAAGUUUUAGUUGAGAAGUUAUUAAGAUGCUGUCCCGAUUUAAAUAAAAUCUAUUUAUUAAUGCGACCAAAGAAAGGGCAGAGUACGAAAGAAAGGCUUGAUGAUUACUUCAAUUGUAGGGUUUUCGACAAUCUCCAAGAAAAAUCGCCCAAGUGCUUCGACAAGCUAGCGGUGAUCGCAGGAGAUAUACUGCAAGAAGACCUAGGCAUCUCCAUAGAAGAUUGGGACAUAUUACAAAGAGAAACUCAGAUUGUGUUCCACUGUGCUGCUUGUGUUCGAUUCGAUAUGCCCAUACGUGAUGCAGUCAAUAUGAAUACCUUGGGCACAAACAAGGUUCUCAAAUUAGCGGAUGGUAUUGUCAAUCUUGAGGUUUUCGUGCAUGUCUCUACGUCAUACUGCCGUUGUGAAGUUCACACUUUAGAGGAGCGUCUGUACCCAGCCAAGCACAGGCCACAAGACGUGAUGGAGUGCGUUAAAUGGAUGGAUGACGAACUCCUGACAUAUCUACAGACCAAGUUAAUUGAGCCACAACCAAACACGUACGCUUACACCAAAUCAUUAACUGAAGAUCUCGUUUCUCAAAAAGCGGGGAAGUAUCCCAUUGUGAUAGCAAGGCCAUCUAUUGUGACUGCUGCUCACAAGGAGCCUUUGCCAGGAUGGGUUGAUAAUCUCAAUGGACCAACAGGCGUUAUUCGUACAAUGCACUGCCAUCCUUCCUACCAAGCCGACGUCGUACCUGUGGACUACGCUGUCAAUGCUUGCAUUCUGUUAGCAUAUUUAACAGCAAUUGAAAAGCCAAAAGAAGUUAGGAUUUGUAAUGUGACUCAAUCUGGCCACAAUCCUAUAACAUGGGGAGAAGCUUUGGACAUGGGUCGUGUCCACGUCCAGGAGUUUCCUUUCUCCAUAUGUCUGUGGUACCCAGGCGGAUCAGCUAAAAGUUCCAAGUUCCAGCAUUUAUUAGCAUUAUUUUUCACUCACCUCUUGCCAGCGUACUUCAUCGACCUACUCAUGUUUCUGAUGGGAAAGAAGACAUUUAUGGUGAAAAUACAGAAACGUGUCAGCUAUGGAUUGAAUGUCCUCCAAUAUUAUACUACUAAGGAGUGGUUUUUCGACAACGAUUACUAUAGGUCGUUGUCAAAACGGAUAUCGAAGAAUGAUAAUGAAGUUUUCUACACUAAUUUGCAGAGUAUAAACUGGAGCUCUUAUAUUCGGAACUACAUAAAAGGAGCGAGGGAAUUCUGUUGUAAAGAAGAUCCUAGCACACUACCGCAGGCUAGAAAACUUCAAAAACAGCAUAAUGUUAGAAGUCCUUCUACGAAAAAUUUAGAAAACUUUUCUGAUCAUCCAUGGCCGAAAUGGAAUAUAAGUGAUCUUUAUUUGACUGAAAAAGGUGCGUUAUUGGAAGAAUAUAUGGGUGAAUAUAUUUAUAACUGGCUGGUUAUGGAAAAGCUUUUUGUGGACGCUUGUCCCGAAGAAAACUCUGUACUUAUUUAUGCAAACACUAAGCAGAGGUGUCGUUCAUCCGCGAAGGCUUUUGUUCGUGGAGCUUUCGACAAGUGUAAUAUAAGUGUUGUCAGUAUGAAUUCCGAUGAAAUGGAUCCGAUUUUUAAUCCUAUUAUUCGCAAUGAUUCUGAAGUAGUCAAAGUACCUAUUUUGAGAGAAAUGGAAUAUAAAUUGAGAAAUCUGAAUCUCAGUGAGUCUUAUUUGGCUCUAGAAGAUAUAUUAGAUUUGGAAAAUUCUAUAAUGUGUCGAAACGAGAACCAGUGUCGAUUUUGUGAUGAGGAUAAUAGAAUUUGUUAUAAUGUAGGACAUAUACCACGUGUAAUUGAUCAUUUGUCGUGGGCACUCGUAAUAGUUGAUUCAUUUCUUAUGAGUUACUAUGAUGGUCAUGCAAUGGAAAAUGUAGCUUGGGGAAGAAUUAAAGACGACGAACAAUGGAAGAUAUUGACACGCAUUAUAAACGAAUAUCUAAAUAUUUGUUUCAACAGUAAAUUACUGGGAAGACAAGUCGCGAAACCUCUUCUUGAAUAUAUAUUGUCUGUGGUAAUUAGAUAUAUACCAAAAAAAUUCACUUUACUACAUGGCCAUGAUGCAAAUUUGCUUUCUGUUUUGGCAGCACUGGAUGUUAAGGAUUUUCUAUUGCCAGAUCAAUAUGAAAUCAUACCAAUAGGUGGGAAGUUAGUGUUCCAGAGAUGGUAUGACGCUACACAGGAUAGAGAUUUGUUUAAAUUGGAUUAUGUAUAUUUAACGGUAAAUCAGGUAAGAGAUGGAUCAAAACUAUCAACUAAUAAUCCACCGCGACGGGUUCAGCUAUUCAUAAAAGAUUGUCCUGUAAACUCAGAUGGGUUCUGUUCUUGGAAUGUAUUUGUAAAAGUAUUAAAUGAUGCGGCUAGUUUUUAUACGUAA